AUGUCUGAACUAGCCCAGCAGACUGCUCGAGCUAACCAGUUGGCUAGGCUUGCCGGUGGGGAACUUUCUGCUGUUAGGAUAGCAUCAUCAGUGUCACCACCACAUACUACUACGUCGACCUCAGACCACACAACCACAGAUCAAAGUUAUAAAUCCCUUUGCCUCCCGGCCUCUUCUGAAAUAUCUGACCUGCUUAGUCAAUCACUGAACUUGGAUAUUCCCAUUUCAGGGGUGGCUUCUGAAUCGGCUCUUAAUGAACCUCUGGCUAAGAUUUUCAAUCCCUACAAAGGCGUUGAGACUGGUAGUACUAAUAUGCAUACUGCUAAUAUUGUUGGUGACAGUCUGGUUACCCUCAACAUCAACCGUUUCUUAUCAUCAGAUGACGUGACCGACGAGCUACAGAGGCGUUAUGAAGCUCUUCUGCAGAUGUACGGAGAGUUGUAUGAGCAGAAUAACGAAUUAAAGCUCGAUUUGAUUGAUAUCAAAGAGAUGUAUAAGUCUCAGUAA